ACCAUGUUUUCCCAUUCAUCUGCAAUUUCCACCAACCCUUUUGCUUUUGCUCUCAAUUUCUACUGAGACUACACCAAUACUAUUCAAAAUCUUGUCUUUCAGAAAACAAGAUCCAACCAUGUUUAGAUCCAUGAGUACUCGGAGAGGUCCUGGAAGGUAUGAGAGAUUAGGUAAAGAAUCAGUUACCACUGCACUUUUGAACGAGGGAUUCAAGAGGAGCACCAGUUUGCCUUCUUGGGGACCCAACCCUUCACGAAAAAUGGCUUUAGGUUCAACCUUUGGGGCCUUCAAUCUUCAGAGAAACCCCACAAAGAAGGGAAGUAGCAGUGAAAAGAAGAGUCACCCUCUUCUGAGCUUCUUGGCUCUUCGUAAGAAAAAGAAAACAACAGCAAGGCCUGAAUUUGCAAGGUAUCUUGAAUAUCUCAAAGAAGGAGGCAUGUGGGAUUUGAACUCAAAUAAACCUGUCAUGCAUUACAUCUGAUUAAGGUUUCAAUGCAGAAUAUCAGUAUAUUUCGUGUAAGAAUUUGUAGAGUCUGGUUACUUUUGGUAUUAGUCAUUCAUUUGAAUCGAUUGGGAACAUGCAAAGUUCAUCAGCCUGUUUUCAAUAGGUUCUUGUAAUAUAAAGAUGUUCUUUUUUCUCAGUGAUGGAUUGGAGAUUACAUUUAUUUUUA